GUUGAAUUAACUGUGGCCUGAGCUCUUCCCAGAGUACAGUUGGUGAGGAGUGCCCUGGGCACAUGCCAGAGGAGGGAAAAGCAGGGCAGGCUGUGAGAGGGAAGCCUCUCUACUCCAUGUUUCCUGGCACUGGAUUGCUGUUUACCUGCCUCUGGGGCUUACGCAAGACCUUGGAGCUGCCUGGCUCCCCUGGCCACGCCCCAGUGUCCUCUGUAACUGAAGGCGGGAACCCUCCCAUUCAUGGAGCAGGCAUCCACCAUGGCUGAGCCCCGGGGCCCUGUAGACCAUGGAGUCCAGAUUCGCUUCAUUACAGAGCCAGUGGGUGAUGCAGAGAUGGGCACCCUACGUCGUGGUGGGCGACGUCCAGCUAAGGAUGCAAGAGCCAAUACCUAUGGGGUCGCUGUGCGUGUGCAGGGCAUCGCUGGACAGCCCUUUGUAGUGCUCAACAGUGGGGAGCAAGGUGGUGACUCCUUUGGAGUCCAGAUCAAGGGGGCCAACAACAGAGGGGCUCCGGGAGCUCUGAGCUCUGACUCGGAAUUCCCCGAGAAUUCCUACUCUCGUGCCAAGGAAUUUCCUGCCCGCUCACAGGGCAGCAUGUCUGAUGAGGAGCCUGGGGCCCACUGGAAUGGAAGGCUACUCCGAUCCCAGUCCCAGGCCUCACUGACAGGCCCUGCCCCUGUGAGUCCGACCACCAGGAGCACUAGCUUGCUGGAGCUGGUCCCCCAAGGAGCUUCCCCUGGGAGCACCAUUGACACUGCUCCCCUAUCUUCAGUGGACUCACUCAUCAACAAGUUUGACAGCCACCAUGGGGGGCAGGCCCGGGGCCGGACUGGCCGGCGCAUGCGGACGCUGCCCCCUGAACAACGCAAGCGGAGCCAAAGCCUGGACAACCGGCUCCCACGGGAUACCCUUGAGGAACGGGAGCGUCGGUCCCCCAACCACUGGACUCCUAGCACAAAGCAUGACAGCCACAUGGGCAGCUCCAAACAGUUGGCCCAGAGCCAGAGCCCUCUUGGUGGCUUUAGCCGUUCCCGUCAGACCCAGGACUGGGUCAUUCAGAGUUUUGAGGAGCCACGGGGGAGAGCCCAGGACCCUGGCACGCUGCAGUUCAAGUCAACUCCAGACCUUCUCCGAGACCAGCAGGAGACAGCCCCACCAGGCAGUGUGGACCAUGUGAAGGCCAUCAUCUACAGCAUCCUGAAGGAGGGAAGCUCAGAAAGCGAAACCUCUGUGAGGAGGAAGGUCAGUUUGGUGCUGGAACAGAUGCAGCCUCUGGUGAUGGCUUCUCCUGGGUCUGCUAAGGCCCUGGCUGGGCAGAGUGAGCUCACCCGAAAAGUGGAGGAGCUUCAGCAACAGCUGGAUGAAGAGGUGAAGAAGCGGCAGAAGCUAGAGCCAUCCCGGGCUGGGCUGGAGCAGCAGCUGGAGGAGAAGAUAGAAGAGUGCAGCCGACUGCAGCAGCUGCUGGAGAGGAAGAAGGGGGAGGCCCAGCAGAGCACCAAAGAGCUCCAGAACAUGAAGCUUCUUGUGGAUCAGGGUGAAAGGGCACGACAUGGACUGGAGACCCAGGUGACGGAGCUGCAGGACAAGCUGAAACAGGCCCAGGGGCCGGAGUCUGCUAAGGAGGCACUAAGGAAGGACCUGUUAGAGACCCGGGAGCUUCUGGAAGAGGUCUUGGAGGGCAAACAGCGGAUAGAGGAGCAGCUGAGACUGCGGGAACGGGAACUGACAGCCCUGAAGGGGGCCCUGAAGGAGGAGGUGGCCUCCCGUGACCAGGAGGUGGAAAACGUCCGGCAGCAGUACCAGCGAGACGCCGAGCAGCUUCGCCGGAGUAUGCAGGACGCAACCCAGGACCAUGCUGCAUUAGAGGCAGAGAAGCAGAAGAUGUCAACCCUGGUGCGGGAGCUGCAGAGGGAGCUGGAGGAGACCUCAGAGGAGACAGGGCAUUGGCAGAGCAUGUUCCAGAAGAACAAGGAGGAGCUUAGAGCCACCAAGCAGGAACUCCUGCAGCUGCGGAUGGAGAAGGAGGAGAUGGAAGAAGAGCUUGGGGAGAAGAUGGAGGUCUUGCAAAGGGAAUUAGGGCAGGCCCGAGCUGGUGCUGCAGACACUCGCCAAAUGGAGGAGCUCAAGAAGGACCUGCGCCAGACACAGCAGGAACUUAAGGAACUGAGAGAAGAGCAGCAGAGCCAGGAGGUGGCUGCGCGCCACCGGGAGCGGGAGUUGGAGAAGCAGCUGAGGGUUGAGGCUGAUCGAGGCCGGGGGUUGGAACAGCAGAACCUCCAGCUACAAAAGACCCUUCAGCAACUGAGACAGGACUGUGAAGAGGCUUCCAAGGCUCAGAUGGCAGCAGAGGCAGAGGUGGCAGUGCUGGGGCAGCGGCGGGCAGCAGUGGAAACGACGCUUCGGGAGACCCAGGAGGAGAAUGACGAGUUCCGACGGCGCAUCCUGGGUCUGGAGCAGCAGCUGAAGGAGGCCCGAGGCCUGGCGGAAGGUGGGGAAGCGGCGGAGGCAAGGCUCCGGGACAGGGUGCAGCGGCUGGAGGCAGAGAAACAGCGGCUCGAGGAGGCCCUAAACGCGGCUCAGGAAGAGGAGGGGAGCCUGGCAGCUGCCAAGCGGGCACUGGAGGCCCGGCUGGAGGAGGCCCAGCGGGGGCUGGCCCGCUUGGGGCAGGAGCAACAAGCACUGAACCGGGCCUUAGAGGAGGAGGGGAAGCAGCGGGAGGCACUCCGGCGGGGCAAGGCUGAGCUGGAGGAGCAGAAGCGCUUGCUGGACAAGACUGUGUGCCAGCUCAACAAGGAGCUGGAGCAGAUUGGGAAUGACUCUAAGCAGGCCCUGCAGCAGCUCCAGGCCCAGCUGGAGGAUUACAAGGAGAAGGCCCGGCGGGAGGUGGCAGAUGCCCAGCGCCAGGCCAAGGAGUGGGCCAGUGAGGCUGAGAAGAACUCAGGGGGGCUGAGCCGGCUUCAGGAUGAGACCCAGAGGCUACGGCAGGCCUUGCAGGCAUCUCAGGCUGACCGGGACACCGCCCGGCUGGACAAAGAGCUGCUGGCCCAGCGAUUGCAGGGGCUGGAACAAGAGGCAGAGAACAAAAAGCGCUCCCAGGAUGACAGGACACGGCAACUCAAGGGUCUUGAGGAAAAAGUCUCACGGCUGGAAGCGGAGUUAGAUGAGGAGAGGAGCACUGUGGAGCUGCUGACAGAACGCAUGAGUCGUGGCCGGGACCAGGUAGACCAGCUGAGGACAGAGCUCAUGCAGGAGAGGUCUGCUCGACAGGACCUGGAGUGUGACAAAAUCUCCCUGGAGAGACAGAACAAGGACUUGAAGAGCCGGUUGGCCAGCUUAGAAGGCUUCCAGAAGCCCAGUGCCAGCCUCUCUCAGCUUGAAUCCCAGAAUUGGGAGUUGCAGGAGCGGCUGCAGGCUGAAGAGAGGGAGAAGACCGUUCUGCAGUCCACCAACCGAAAACUGGAGCGGAAGGUUAAAGAGCUGUCCAUCCAAAUUGAUGACGAGCGGCAGCAUGUCAAUGACCAGAAGGACCAGCUAAGCCUGAGGGUGAAGGCUUUGAAGCGGCAGGUGGAUGAAGCAGAAGAGGAGAUUGAGCGACUCGAUGGCCUAAGGAAGAAGGCCCAGCGUGAGCUGGAAGAGCAGCAUGAGGUCAAUGAACAGCUCCAGGCCCGGAUCAAAACCCUAGAGAAGGACUCCUGGCGCAAAGCCUCCCGCUCAGCUGCUGAGUCAACCCAGCAUGAAGGGCUGAGCUCAGAUGAGGAAUUUGACAGUGUCUACGACCCUUCUUCCAUCGCAUCACUGCUUACGGAGAGCAACCUGCAAACCAGCUCCUGUUAGCUUGGGUCCACAAGGGACCAGAAACCACACUUGCUGCAUGCCCUGGCAGGGCCUAUUCUGCCCUGCCAAGCCUUGAAUUCCUCAUUCCUGGAAGGGGGGACCCAAUUAUUCAGCCCUAAGACCGGAGGGGUGUGAGUGAUGGUGAUAAAAAGGGCAUCGGCACUAAGCUGGUAAACAGGCUUUCCCUUUCCUCUGGAGGAGUGGGUAUUUUAGGCCAACUGAACCCUUCCUUAUCCUCCCUCACAGCAAUAGGAUGGUCAGCAUAUAGGCUGAGGGGGAUGGAGCAGGAUAGGAAGGAAUAAGACAUUGCCACGUAUAUAAAGCUUUAUUUCUUUAGCCCUUAAUCCUCAGGCUCAGGGAAAUACCUUAAUGAUUUUGCUCCCUUGACUCC